AUCUUGUGCGCUAUCUAUGGUAAGCUAACGGAAAGUUGCUCCUAUGAUCUGGAAGCUGCAACCUGAGCCUGAGGGAAAAAGGGAGAACUCGGAUCAAAAUAAUACAGGUUUAAAACAACUAAACGCGGAGAAAUAUUCCUUAAGAAUGCACCCCCGAUGACCUCGUUAUGGAGGCAGGUUGUGGCAUAUGCGAGAAAAAUGCUGCUCACUCAGGAGCUCUGCCGCAAGACGUCGCUGACCGACACUCUGGCCGUCUUUGGAGGAUUAACUGUGGCUCUCUGCCUGCUGAGAUUCACCUGGAGAUGCUGGUGUGGAUUCAGACAGUUUUUUUUGUCGGAGCAGUGGCAGGUGGAUUUGCGGAAAUACGGACAAUGGGCAGUUGUUACUGGUGCCACAUCUGGCAUUGGUAAAGCUUAUGCCAAUGAGUUGGCACGAAGGGGUCUAGAUGUUGUGUUAAUAGGAAGAUCUGACGAUAAGCUCCGAAUGGUUGCCAAAGAAAUCAAAAAUGAGUACGGACGAAAGACUCACACCAUCCAAGUGGACUUCACAGAGGGUGGCAGCAUCUACUCAUCCGUCGCUAAGGAGCUCCAAGGCCUGCAGAUUGGGAUUCUGGUUAACAACGUUGGAAUGAUAUGCUCUGACCAUUUUGCCUAUUUUCUGGAGACACCAGAAGCUGAACAGAAAAUAAGUCAGAUAAUCAACUGCAACAUACUCUCUGUUCCCCAGAUGACCAGGCUGGUUCUUCCUGGCAUGGUGGACAGAGGCACAGGAUUAAUUAUUAAUAUCUCUUCUGACAUGGGUGUUCGUCCACAGCCAUUGCUGACUCUUUAUUCGGCCACCAAGAUUUUUGUAACAUAUUUCUCAAAGUGUUUGCAUGCCGAGUACAAGUCAAUGGGAAUCACUGUCCAGUGUGUGGCCCCACUCAUGGUUUCCACCAACAUGACGCACAACAUGCAGGUCAACUGUUUGGUGAAGAGUGCUUCGGGCUUCGCCUAUGAGGCUGUGAACACCGUGGGUCAUUCCAGCUACACCAGCGGCUGUCUGUCCCAUGCCCUGCAGAGUGUGGCGCUCUCGCUCCUCCUGCCAGACUGGCUCCGGAUGUCGACGUUUCUCAUCCGGGUGUUGAGAAACCUUCCAAAUACAAAAACCUAUCAGAGAAAAGCAUCUCAAGAAAAGAAGUGGCUCACAGCAAAGAAAGAGUAG